AGUUGUGCCACUGCCCCAUUGAAAGAAUGCAGGCCUUAUUUGCUAAUUGCUGUUUAGUGGAAUUGGUAAUAACGGGUGUACCGAGCGUAACAUUUCCUGUUCAUAUCUAUGAACCUGUUGUCGAAAGGACUUGCAGGCUUCUAAAAAUGAACAAGACAACGUUAUCAUCAAUUAAAAUCCAGCGUAGUCGUGCUACUCAAGCUUUUAUUGAUAGAGUAUUCAGGUCUUUAAAUUUGGUUGUUUAUAGAAGACCUGGCGUCAGUAAUUUCUUGGUGACAGAUUCUUGGUUUCAUGAUGGAUUUCUGAAUCUUGCUUCUUUCAAAUUUAUCGAUUCAUUGGUUAUAAAAUCGAGCAAUGUUACUUGGGAUGCACUUACUCCCAUUAUUAUGAAUACUUCUUGUCGAUUUACUCAUCUUGAUCUAUCCUAUACUACUAGGUUUAGUAGUAUGCAUCUAGAAGGUGAAGCAAAUUUUUCGUACUUCAGGGUCCUUAUACUUACGGGAAACAACCUUAGACCUGAAAAUUUUUAUGGCUGGGAAAAUGGUCUUACGAAAAUGACUAGUCUGGUGGAAUUAGAUAUGAGUGAGAAUCCUAUUGGUGAUGGUGGUCUCUCAAGGCUAAUCUUAUGUCUUCAAGGAGCUCAGAAACUGUGUGACCUAAAGAUCGAGCACUGUAAUUUCUCUCAUGAAGGACUUGUUGAACUUCUUCAGUUUGUCCUCGAAUCCAACCAUUUGAAGUCCUUAUCGAUCGCCAGGAGUGAUCUUUGGGAAUGGUCUACAGAAGUAGCAACUUCUCUAGCUACUUUCUUAGCUCACUCGACAAUCAAAACUCUCAACAUCGAAGGGAUCGGGCUUGGGGAUAAUGGGUUUGCAAUCUUUCGGGAGGAACUUCCAUUGGUGGUCAAUCUCUCUUUCAUCGACGUAAGCAAUAACAACGGUGCAGCUGAAACAACGCUUUUCACCGAGGAAUUCAUUUCUAAAGCUCUAGGAAUUGUUGACAUCAAGGCAUCAAACAACUUGAUACAGGAAGAAUCACUUCAACAUUUGAAGGCGACUCUUGCAGGGGUGGGUCGUGAAUUCGAGCUACUAGAGAAUGAUGUUCAAAAAUUAGAAAUACAUUUUCCCUGAAGACUGCUUUUUCUUUCAAGCGGCUUUUGCAGCUGUAUCAAUUUUGUGGGAACAAGAAAAACACCGUUGUCUGAUUACAAGGUUCAGUCUCAUGGGAAUGACUGCGCCUUAACUUAAGAGCCUGAAUAUAAGUCUUCAUUCCAACAAAUUGUUUCUUUGCCACCUCAAUGGAUGUCGUUCUAUGGAAUUGGUAAAAUUGAACAUGUCUUGCUGUUUGUGCAGUGUGCAGGUUUGGGUCAUCCAUACAGGCUACUUGAGAAUGACAUUCAAUAAUUAGAGAUUUCUUUUUCCUGAAGACGUCAUUUUCUUCACAACUCGCAAGGAUUUCCGUAGUUGUGUUUUCAUAGUGGUAUCUUGUUUUGUUUCCUUUGUUUUUGUACAAAGGUUAUAUGUUAAGACACAUUACACUCAUGCUAAUCCACUACUCAUGCUGUACUUGCGAUGCGACCAAAAAUUCAUUAAUACUACUAGAU